AUGGCUUCCACACUCGACAGCGUGCCCAACAAUGGCUCGUUCGACCCGUACCACCAGCAAAUCAUCAUCACCAUGCCGGAUGGCCAGACGCAAUUCGCGACCAGCAUCCACAACAUCUUCGAGCUGCAACACCUGGCGGUCACGCAGACAGCCGUCUUCGCCGUCCAGAUUGGUCUCAGCGCGGUCCUCAUGACGGUUCUGGCAUUGAUGACCCAGGCCGACAAGCGCCGCAGCCUCAUCUUCAUCUUCAACCUGACUGCACUGCUCUUCAUCUUCAUCCGAGGCAUCGUCCAAUGCGUCCAAACGGCAGGUCCGCUCUACAACUUCUACAACUGGACCGCCGAGUACUACCCCGACGACAGCGUCACAUCACGGCAAUCCGUCGUCCUCGAAGUCUGCUCGUUCAUCAUGGUGAUGGCCAUUGAGCUGUCUCUGAUGCUGCAGGUUCGCAUCGUGUGCUGCACCUUGUCCACCUUUUGGCGUCGCUGCCUCGAUUGCUUGUCGAUCCUGGCCGUCACCGCCACACUCGCGAUUCGCUUCGUUUGCAUGAUCCUCAACAUCCUCUGGAACAUUGUGGACGUGGGUAACACGACCGAAAACGAGUUCAACAUGAUCGCCAAGCUUUCGAACGUCUCGAUUGCCACCCUUAUGGCCAGCAUCUUCCUCUUCAGCGGCAUCUUCUCCGUCAAGCUCCUCGUGGCCAUCCGUCAGCGUCGUGACAUGGGUAUGAAGAGUUUCGGGGCAGUUCAGAUCAUCUUCAUCAUGGGUUGCCAGACUAUGAUCGUACCAGCACUCUUCGGCAUCAUCUCAUACUGGGCCAUACCAGGCUCGCAACUUUACACGAUGACGCCCGUCGUUGUAGCCACCUUCCUGCCGCUCUCAAGCAUCUGGGCGUCCACCAGCACGAAAGGCAAUAAUAACAUUGCUGCCCCUCAUCAGUGGCACAACCGCCGUGAGAAGAGCACCUUGCGCAACCCCGGUACCCCAGCAUAUUCGAGCGAGAAGGGCCUCCUUCCCACCACCGUCAACACCGACUGCACACUCGUCGACGAUCGUUCAGCAAGCGUGUCCGAGCCAAGCCCUCGCAAGCCAGGCCAUGCCGACUCUGGAGAGCGCGACAGCAUCGACCUCGAAAUGCAAAAGAUGGGCCGCAUCCGUGUCGACAGAGCCUACAGCGUCCGAUCUGACUAG